AUGGCUGACAAGCUUGAAACUUUAAGAGCUGCAGGAAGAGCAAGCAUGCAAGCGUUAGUUGACAGAGCCCUAGUGCAAGACGAAGUGUCUCGCUUCAAAAGAAUAAGGAUGGAAAGAGGUGGAUAUUUCCUAGGGAUUUUUAUUUGUGCACCAAUGGCUUACUUGUUUUGUAAAAAAAUUAUGGAAAUGACUGCUCUUCAUGAAUAUGGGACCAAUGGGCUGACCCAAAUAUUUGUGCAGGGAGCUAAGAAUUAUAGGCAAAUGUAUGCUCCUCAAGUCUGGGCAAAGGAGAAAAAAGUCAGACCUUAUGAGACUGUCCAGUUUGGAAAAAUUCAUUAA